AUGGCUGAAUACGAUCCCAUCAUCCGAGACAUCGUCGAGUACGUCUACCAUGGACAAAUCACCGAGGAGCACGUCUAUCAAAGGGCGCGAGUGGCCUUGCUAGACGCUCUAGGCUGCGCGAUUGAGACCCUCCACCUCAGCCCAGACUGUCGAGCUCUCGUCGGGCCUGUUGUGUCUGGGACAGUGGUUCCGGGCGGGGUGCGCGUGACUGGGACAGACCACGUUGUUGAUCCGCUCAAGGGAGCCUUUGAUCUCGGGGCGUUGAUCAGGUAUCUCGAUCAUAACGAUGCGUAUGCCGGGGCUGAAUGGGGGCAUCCAUCUGAUAAUCUGGGGGCGAUCCUGAGUGUGGCGGACUGGUUAAGCCAGCAGGAUACAAAAAUCCCCCUCCGGACGAUCCUCACGGCGCAAAUCAAAGCGUAUGAGAUCCAAGGCAUCCUCCAGCAGACGAAUGCCUUCAACGCCCAUGGCCUCGACCAUGUUAUCCUCGUCAAAGUGGCCUCGACCGCCGUGGCGGCCUGGUUACUCGGUCUGUCCGAGUCUGCGGCUCUGGCUGCUGUCUCCCACGCCUGGGUUGAUGGCCACCCGCUGCGUACCUACCGCCAGGCCCCGAAUGCCGGGCCCCGGAAGGGAUGGGCGGCGGGCGAUGCGUGCAUGCGGGCUGUCCAUCUCGCAUUGCUCACGCAACGCGCCACGGUAGGAAUCCGCACCGCCAUUUCGGCACCCAGAUGGGGAUUCAGCGAUGCGCUGUAUGCCGGACAGGAGGUCACACGGGCGUUCCCCUACGGUAGUCGGGUGAUGGAGACGGUGCUCUUCAAACUCAUCACCGCCGAGGGCCAUGGGAUCUCUGCCGUGGAAGCCGCCGUGCAGGCGGGAGAAGUCCUGAGACAGCGCGGCGUGGCGCAGGAGAACAUCGCGGACAGCAUCCGGGCCAUUCGCAUCCGGACGCAACAGUCCGCGGUGACGAUCAUCGACAAGACGGGUCCCCUGCGCAACGCCGCCGACCGCGACCAUUCCCUGCAAUACAUGGUUGCCGUCGCCCUGCUCAAGGGGUCCGUGGUAGAAACAGCAGACUAUCUCGACGACUCGCCCUGGGCGACAGAUGCGCGGGUCGACGCCUUGCGGGAGAAGAUCACAGUCACCGAAGACCUCGGCUUCACUGCCGACUACUACGACCCACAGAUCCGGAGCGUGGCCAAUGCAAUCACACUCGAACUGGCAGACGGCGAGGUGCUAGAAGAGGUAGUCGUCGAGUUCCCCGUCGGGCAUCACAAGCGACCCGAGACUCUCGACGGGGUGAUGCAUAAGUUUCGCCGCAACAUGAGCGUCAUGUUUGGCUCGGAGGAGGUCGAGAGCAUCAUCCAGGCAGCUCAUAACGAUGAGACGCCAAUCUAUAUACAAGAGUGA